AUGGCGGGUCGUAGUUUGCAAGAUGUUCGUGAUUCUGCAGUUAUUGCUUAUGAUUUGAAUUAUAUUUCUGAUAUUGAAUUCUCGUUGCUGUAUGAUUACAGUCGUUCAAAAGCUGUUUUCCCCUACUGGAAAUUUGACGAGUUUAACCUGGCAUCUUGGAGUGAUGAAGAAUGCCGAACCGAUGAAACCGAGCUAAGAUUCGCAAAAAGUGACUUGGAGUUACUUAAUAAUUAUUUGCAAAUACCAGAGAAGAUUGUCUGUGUGCAAGGGAGCAUAUGUAAUGGUAUGGAAGCCCUAUGUAUCCUGUUGAAGAGACUGGCCUACCCAUGUAG